AUGGCUACUCCAGCACGCACGUUCACAGAUUUAGUCCUAUCACAGCGGUGCCAUCCUUCGUCGGCCAAGGUGACGCUGGCCGUUAGCGGAAGGGAUCUGUCCAUCGCCGACGUAGUGGCAGUCUCGAGACACCUAGCACACGUGGAGCUCACCCCGGCGUCCAUCGACGCCAUCGAAGAGUGCAGCAAAAUCAUUCCGCAGAAGAUCACCCAGGGCGAAAUCAUCUACGGCGUCAACACGGGGUUCGGCGGCAGCGCCGACGCAAGAUCCAACGACGUUGAGAGGGUCCAGCAGAGCCUGAUUAGUCAUUUGACGUGCGGAAUCGUCGCAGACGGCAAGCAGGAGCUGGCUCUGAAUAGCAAUGGGCAUUCAGGCCAAAGCAAUGGGCAUUCAAGCCAAAGCAAUGGGUAUCCAAGCCAACGCAACGGUCAUUCAAGCCAAAGUAACGGCCACUCAAGUCAACGCAAUGGCCACUCAAGCCAAAGCAAUGGCCAUUCAAGCCAACACAACGGCGAGGCCCACCCCCUGAAUGGCAAACUGAAGGGACAACAAAGUCAACAACGCGUGUCGGUGCGAAGUUCCCUUCCGCUUAACGACCCGCUUGCCGCUACCUGCAUGCCGGAGUCGUGGGCGAGGGCGUCCAUGCUGAUCCGCCUGAACACCCUAGCCCGCGGUGCGUCUGGCAUCCGGAUCGAGAUCGCGGAAUCUCUGAUGAACCUCCUGAACAAGGACGUCGUGCCGCGUAUCCCAGUCCGUGGGAGCAUCUCGGCCUCCGGGGACCUCAGCGCGCUCGCGUGGAUCGGCGCCCUGAUGCAAGGCAAGACAUCCGCUACGGCCUUUAGCGGCCCACGAGACGUCGAGGGAGCUAGAAGAGUGACGAGGGCCGACGUCGCCCUGUCGGAAGCUGGCAUAGCGCCCAUCAGCCUGCACGCCAAGGAGGGCCUCGCCAUCGUCAACGGCACGGCUGUGUCAGCCGGGGUGGCGGCUCUUGCGGCGCACGACUCUCUCCACCUCGCGGCGCUGUCCCAGGUGCUGACGGCCAUGAGCGUGGAGGCGCUACGGGGCAGUGACGAGAGCUUCGAGCCCUUCAUUGCGCGGGUCCGGCCGCACCCCGGGCAGGUGGACAGCGCGCGGAAUAUCAAGGCGUUCCUGACCGGGUCAAGGCUGCUCAACCGGCACGACAGCCGGAACGUGGCAACGCUGCGACAAGAUCGCUACUCGCUGCGCACGGCCAGCCAGUGGAUAGGCCCCGUGCUGGAGGACUUUGGCCUGGCGUACGACCAGCUGACGGUCGAGCUCAACUCGGUGACGGACAACCCGCUGGUCGACACGGAGACGGGCCGCGUUCUCCACGGCGGCAAUUUUCAGGCGCGCGUCGUCACGUCGGCGGCCGAGAAGCUGCGCCAGGGCCUCCAGAGUAUCGGCCGCAUGCUCUUCACCCAGUGCACCGAGAUGAUCAACCCGGCUACCAGCUGGGGCCUGCCUCCCAAUCUGUGCUCAGACGACGCCAACGACUCGUUCCUGUUCAAGGGGCUUGAUGUCGUCAUUGCCGCCCUGACUUCGGAGCUGGGCUUCCUGUCCAACCCCGUCGGGUCGCACGUCCAGACGGCCGAGAUGGGCAACCAGGCCCUCAACUCCCUGGCGCUCGUGUCGGCCCGGUACACGCUCGAGGCCGUUGACGUGCUGUCCCAGAUCGCCUCGGCGCACCUUCUGGCGGUGUGUCAAGCCCUCGACCUGCGCACCAUUGAGAUCGAGGGCCGGAACGACGACGCCCCACCUGACGCGACGCCCUACAUCGGCCAGGCCUCGCGGCGCAUGUACCGCUUCAUUCGGAGGGAUCUCGGCAUCCCGUUCCUGGGCGAGGCGCACCUGGCUUCCACCGAGGCCGCGACGCCGGACGGGGUCACUCCAAGCAUGGGGCUUUACAACACACGAGUCUACGAGUCCAUCAGGUCGGGACGCUUGUACGAUGUUGUUCUGGACAUUAUCCAAGAAGUGGAAGCGCAACGAACUACAAAUGGAAAACACAUAUAA